GCAAUUCAUUGUAGACAGGUGAAGUGACAGAUUACAUCCACCCGGCAGAAUUUGGCUUAGAAUUGCCAAAAUGGCGUCACCAAUGUCGAAAGAAUCGAGAUCUAUGAGCACGGCGGGAGAAUCAUUGUAUCAGUUACUAAAUGUUCCUAAGGAUGCUAAGGAAGAUGACAUUAAGAAGGCAUACAGGAAGAUGGCUCUGAAGUAUCAUCCAGACAAAAACAGAGAUGACCCACUGGCAGGAGAAAGGUUCAAAGAGAUCAACCGCGCACACAAAGUACUAAACGACGAGAAGAAGAGGCAGAUAUAUGACGAGUACGGCUCGUUUGGAAUCUACAUUGCUGAUCAAAUAGGAGAGGACAAUGUUGACCUUUACUUCCUGGUCAACAGUAAAUGCUUCAGGGUAACGAGCGUGAUCUGUUUCUUCUGCACCUGCUACUGUUUCUGUUUCUGUUGCUUCCUAUGCUGCUUUGGAUGCUGUGGAAGAUGUAAACGGGGAGAAGAGGAUGAUGAAGAUUUCGAGAUUGUUAUUCCAGACGGUGAGGACGACGAAGACGAAGAACAGGACGCAGACGGUAACACGCCCAUCACCAGCCAACCUACAGCAUCACCAGCAGACGAGGGCGCCGCAAACCAAAACGUCGCCAUACCCAUGCCAGCACCUGAGAAGUCACCCGAGAAAGAGCCGACCGAAAAGACGAUUCUAAAUCCGGGCGAGAAGGCAAAGUAUACAGAAGGAUAACGUCUGGGGCAGCUGCGAUAAUUUGUUCCUCUUUUGUUUAAUCAAUUCAUUCAUUUCAAGGUAUAGACCAGUUUUGGAAAUGCCCCCCUCUCAAAAAAUGAAA